AUGGGUUCAGCAAAGAAAACCAAGGUUUCUACUGUAAACCAACAAUGUGCUGGUUCACUUGCAUUAGUCCACGUAGAACAGCACCAACCUCUUGCUGUUGUAGCACCAAUAGUAUCCUCCUACAAUGAGAAAAUUCGUCCUGUUCUUGAUGCCCUUGAAAACUUGAGGCGCCUUAACAUUGCCAAAGAGGGAAUAGAGCUUCCAACCAUUGUUGUUGUUGGUGAUCAAUCCUCUGGAAAGUCCAGUGUCCUUGAAUCUCUUGCUGGUAUCAGCUUACCCCGUGGCCAAGGCAUUUGCACCAGGGUGCCUCUGAUCAUGAGGCUCCAAAACCACCCUCUCCCAAAGCCAGAGCUUGUGUUGGAGUUUAAUGGAAAAACCAUUUCAACAGAUGAAGCUCAUGUCUCUCAUGCCAUAAACCUUGCCACAGAGGAGCUUGCUGGUUCUGGCAAAGGGAUUUCCAACAACCCAUUGACUCUUUUGGUGAGGAAGAAUGGUGUUCCUGACCUUGCAAUGGUUGAUCUUCCAGGCAUUACUAGGGUCCCUGUUCACGGACAACCUGAGAACAUUUAUGACCAGAUUAAAGACAUCAUCAUGGAGUACAUAAGGCCUGACGAAACCAUCAUCUUGAAUGUUUUGUCUGCAACUGUUGAUUUCACCACUUGUGAGUCCAUUAGGAUGUCACAGACUGUGGACUGUGCUGGAUUGAGGACACUGGCUGUGGUCACAAAGGCUGAUAAAUCUCCUGAAGGCUUGUUAGAGAAAGUUACUGCUGAUGAUGUAAACAUAGGUCUUGGCUAUGUUUGUGUUAGAAAUCGCAUUGGGGAUGAGUCUUAUGAAGAAGCAAGAAUGGAAGAGCUAAAGCUGUUUGAGUCUCACCCACUUCUUUCCAAAAUAGACAAAUCUAUUGUGGGUAUUCCUAUUUUGGCACAAAAGCUUGUUCAAGUUCAAGCAAUGAUCAUAUCUAAAACCUUGCCAGAGAUUGUUAAGAAAAUCAAUGACAAGCUUACAUAUAAUUUAUCUGAGUUAGACAAGUUGCCUGCCAACUUAACUUCAGUUGCUGAUGCAUUGUCUACUUUCAUGCAUAUCAUUGGGUUGUCCAAAGAUUCCCUUAGAAAAAUUCUUCUAACAGGGGAUUUUGGGGAGUACCCUGAAGAGAAACAUAUGCAUUGCACUGCUCGCUUGGUGGAGAUGCUUGAUUCUUUUGCAAGUGAUCUUCACAAUUGUCCUGCAAGUAAUCACACCAAGGAUUUUCUGAUGGAAGAGAUAAAGGUUCUGGAGGAAGCCAGGUUGAUUGGUCUACCAAAUUUUAUGCCUAGAUCUGCUUUUCUUACUAUACUGCAGAGGAAAGUAACAGCUAUUGCAGAGAAACCAAUUGAUUUUGUUGAAAAGGUAUGGAACUAUCUUGAAACUGUCGUGAUUUCUGUUCUAAAGCUUCAUUCUGGAGACUAUUAUCAGCUUCAGGUGUCAACAAGAAGAGCAGGGCAGAGUCUAAUUGGUAUGAAGAAGCAGAAUUCAAUCAAACAUGUGUUGGAAGCUAUUGAAAUGGAGAAGCACACAGACUACACUUGUAAUCCCGAGUACUUGCAGGAAUAUAACAAGCUGAUAUCUCAUCAAGAUGCUUUUUUGAAGGGAGUAUUGGAUGCAAGUACAAACCCACUCUACCACUUACAGCUUGAAGGUCUUGGUGCGAUUGGUCUUGGUCUUGGUGAGAUUCAAGUUUAUGAUUUGCGUGAUUACCCACCACUCAUUCUUAGCCAGGCCUUUGAUUUGAAGGUGAGGUUAAUAGCUUAUUGGAAGAUUGUUAAGAGGAGGCUCAUUGAUUGUAUUGCAUUGCAUUUAAUGUUGAGCAUCAACAGCCUUGUGAACAAGGAGUUGCAUGCAGAGAUUUGUCAUGAUUUUCUGUCACCAAAUGGUGGUGGGAUUGAAAAGCUUUUGGAGGAGUCUCCUUCUAUUUCAGGGAAGAGAGAAAGACUUAUCAGAAGUGUGAAGGUUCUCAGAGAGAGCAAGGAGACGGUUGCCAACAUCAUUGACAGGAUUGGAAGUUAUGGUGAUAAUUAG